CUCACGUUGAUCAGCUGUAAUGUACACGAGGCCUCGAGGGUUUCCCCUAGUGGUCUUUGUUUAUGUAAAGUGGCACAUGUAGCGGCGGGCUUCACGGCGGCAACACCAGAGACUAAUCUUUUCCCCAUUCGAUCACCAAAAGGAAAUUUUAGCCGUGGGAGACUCAAUAUCCCAACGUUUCAAUCACUAUUUGAACUGUACUUGGCGUUUGUAGAUUUGACGUGGGCACUUCCGGUCAGAGGCGCUAUAUAUUACAGUUGCCAGGAUUUGUGUUGUCUUGUUCGAAGGCGGCCCGUGUCUUUGUUUCUAAACCAAACGGUUCCCGUGGUCACGUUGCGCGGCAUCUGCUCAAUGUGAAAGAAUUACUACCGAAAAUGACAGCCACGAGUGAGCGGACAGUCUGACUAUGCCGGUCGCUGACGGUAUAGGCUUGUCCCCACACAGGAAUGCCCGUGUACUUUUAUGAGAAAGAGGCUACUGGAGACCCGAAUCAUGGAGGAAGACAUGGACACUAGCAUGGCUGCAGUACCGGCCGAGCUGACAGAGGGCGCUGCCGGUGACGGCUACUUUGACGGUGAAGAGAAGAAGGAUCUCCCGGAGAACGCCAACAAGGACGUGGGGGAGAACAAGAAGGAGGAGGAGGGUAAGCGCGGGCUGGAGGAGAGGAGCAGCUCGAGUGACGGGGGUUCCAGCGACGGGUCGGGGUGGGAGGACGCGGGGCAGACGUCUGACCCGGACAAGGACAAGUUCUCCGGGAACGGCAGCAGCGACAGCGGGAUCAGCGGGCGCGGCUCCCCGGGCGGCGGGAACUCCAGCGGGGACGACACGGAUAACACGGUCGGCAGCGCCGUCACGGACGUCACCUUCGUCGAGGAAGACUCGCGAUGUUCCCUUCCCUCCUGUCCUGACCAAGACACUACUGAUGACAUGGAGAAGGGGUCAGCCAGUCAGCAAGACCAGAACAACAUGACACCAGGCGAGUCGGUGGACUGCAUUCUUCACCACUACACCAGUAUGGUUACGACCUCCAUGACCUUGGCCAAGUCCUCCAUUCCUACCCAGAGCUACAUCACACCCUGUUUCCAGCCGUACGGCAUGGAUGUGCAGGGCACGAGCACCCACUGCACCGCCUCCUACCAGGGGGCAACCCGCGCCCCCAUCCAGUCCACGGGGAUGCCCGCAAGGCCGGACGAGAAACUUCCCGCCACGAAAGAUCCCGUCGCCAUGACGACCAGUUUGAAGGACGUCCAGCAGGCCAAGAUGAAACGUUACCAGCAGGUUUUGGAACAGUUGAGGAAGUCGGGCUUGUUUGAAGUGACGUUGCGGACAGCUAAGCUCAUGCGGCAAAGUAGACUGAUCCAAGCCCAGAUCAACGCUCUGCGCGCUGACGCACAGAGACUCUCGCAGUCGGUCGUACAGGACUACACUUACUCCAAGGCAGCAGUCAGCACCGAAAGAUGAUGGUUUCUAACUCUAGGAGUAGAAACCCAACAUCCAUGCACAUGUAGCUUACCCAACCUACAGCUCCUGUUAUGUUGAUGAAGGUUAGACAUCCAGGUAAUGAGACUGAUACAUGUACCAAAGGUAACAGUUACUCUUAAGCAACUGGAUACAUUUUUAAAUGGUCAGGUGUUGGAUUAGUACAAAUGCAGCAUCUACUCUACCUUUGUCCAUACCUGUCACUGUUGCUUGAGUUACUGUUAUCUUAAAACCCUUGUCCUGCUGAGCGCAACAAUUGUCGUUCUGCACAUACAGUACCAUCUAUAUAGCA